UAUUACCGGUCAUGGUAAACAGAGCUUAGUAGUAGGUUAGUACAGACUAUGAUGAAGAUGUUUUAAAAUUAAACUGAAAACUACAGGUUACGGGCUAUAAAUACACAAAAUUGAAAAGUAAAAACAAUAAAAGUGAACACUGAGCACAGUUGUUUACUGUUGGUACUUUAAUAUAUUAUUAUAAGCCGCGGUGUAUUAUUAUCUAUUACACAUAUUCUGUCUAACGCCGUUGAUUUCGGUUUUAUUCGUCGUUUCUCCAGAAGAAGAUCGCACGUUAUUCACCUGAAAAAAUAAUAAAUGUGAAGAAUUUAUUCAAUAUUUGUCUCAUUGGUUAGUGGUAGCUUAUAAUAAUUCUUCGUUCUCACUACCAUGGAACCUGAAGCAGUGUGCCGAACCGUGCUUAAUGAAAUCGAAGAAUGUUUGUCGCAAAUCAAACAAAUGCCUUUACCACCGUUUCCCGUUUACGAGAAUACAAAUAAAGCUGCUGCUUAUAUAAGCUAUCGUUUAAAAGAGUAUGAUUCUGUUGCUUAUUAUYUAUCUGAAGCUCAUGGAGGUGGAAUUCGUUCAAAACUUUCAUUGAUAAUGAAUCCAGAUACUGCAAGUAAAAAAGAACUGAAUGAUUGUUUAUCCUUGAACUCAGAAUAUGUGACCAAAAGAUACAAUGGUCUUUUGGAACGUUUAAAAGAAAUGCCAUCAGAAUGGACAUUAAUACAAAUCACUAAAAACUAUAAUCCUAAAGAUGUAGUAACUCCUAGGCCUACAGAGAAACCUACAGAAGUUGGUGAAUUGUUUAUAUCUAGAUAUCAGUGUGGUCAAAAAUACAAGAAUAUUAAACCUUUGACUAUAAAAGUGGAUAAAGCAAAAACCAGUUUAGGACAAAAGACUAUUUUUGAAGUUCUGAAAAAAAGCUUAGAAGAUACAAAUGACAGACAAAAUAAGGAUCCAUCAGYUAUUCGGAAUUUAAGAGAUUCCGCUUCCCAGUCAAUUAAAAGCAUUUCACAGGAAAUUCAUACUAGUUGGAUAAAACAUUGGAUUUGUAUGUUGUUAGGCAAUUAUUUUGAUGAGAAACUUUCAGCAGAAGUCUAUAGCAUUAUUGAUAAUGUCAUAGAAGAAGAAAACAUGACUAUAAGUGAACGGAGCAGAAUGAUUUUGUAUCAGAUAACAAAUGCAGUCGUCCAGUUGACGAAUGAUGAAAUAAAUAAUCUUCUUAAAGAAGUUGACUGUUCAACAGAGGAAAUGAAUAAAUUUGAAUCUGCUAUUAAUAAAUAUAAAUUAAAUGGUUCACAUUUAAUGUUGAAAAAAAGACAUCCUGUUUUGCUUAUAUUAGACGAGCAUUUAGAAUGUUUGCCAUGGGAAACAAUACCGUGUUUAAAAAGACAUCCAGUCUCCCGCGUGUCAUCUGUACAUAUUGUGCACAGGUUAUAUCAUAAACACAAGGAUUCUAUUCAAAAUGGAUUAAUGAAAAUUAGAAACCAAGGAUAUUACAUUUUAAACCCUGAUAAAACAUUGUCUAAUGCUGAAAAAAGAAUGUCGAGUUUCCUCAAGGAAAGAAAUGUAAACUGGGACGGCAUUCAAAGUCAAGAGCCUACUUCAGAACAGUUCAGUUCUUUACUUAAAAAAAAUAACAUACUAUUAUAUUGUGGCCAUGGUAACGGAACACAAUACUUGCAUAGUUUGGAUUUAGACAAAUUAGAUCUACAGUGUAUACCAAUGUUGUUUGGRUGCUCAAGUGUUAAACACACUGACAAAGGAGGACGAUCUAAUUUUGUGGGUGCUUCUUAUGGAUAUUUAAAAGCUGGCUGUCCCUGUGUCAUUGGUAUGUUGUGGAAUGUAACAAGUUUAGAUGCUGAUAACUUGGCCAGAGCCAUGCUUAAUGUUUGGCUACCCGGAAAUCCCAUCAACCUUCAAGAGAAAUGGCCUAAAGAAUUUUUGGAUCAACAGGAUUAUCCCAUGGAACGAGAACUCUUGCGUACAUUAGCGAUUGCCAGAAAAACUACUAGAAGUUUUUUCAACUAUGCCGCUUUAGUUGCACGAGGUAUACCAGUUAUCAUGACAGACUGAAAAUGAUCCUGAUGUAAUAUUAUUUUAAUUUUAAGUUACCGAAGUUUUUAAUGUUUUUUUUUUUAUACAUAUUAAAUAGUU